AUGUUAGAGAAUGGGGAGAUAAAGUAUCAAGACGUUAGUGAGAAUGAGCAUGAGCAUGAUGAUCAUCAGUCACAUGAAUCAUCCAUAUUAGAUGAUGCAAUACAGAAUGAAUUACUUCUUGUAUGUUCAAAUCUUGGUAUGUUACAGAAUGACCAUAAGGAGGAGAAACCACCAGUUUUAAUCCGUAGUGAAGACUGUGAAUUAUGGAUUCAUGAUCUUCAGCGUGUUUUACGUCGGGACCAUAUGAAAUAUCGUUUGAUUACGAAACAAUUGGGAAAAUGGAAGAUAGUACAGAAGAAAUUACUACCACUUCUUGUCACGUAUCAACACGAUUGGUCACUUGUGUUAUCGAUUCUUAAAGUUCUUGUCAUGUUGACAACAAAACCUCCUACCAAUUCAACAAAUCUGGACCAACAACUCAAGUAUCUACGACAAUAUAAAUACGAAUUCCUAUCGUCUCGCGUGAUUUCAAUUUUCAUGACAAUUCUACUUGACCCCUUGUCAAAAAAAAGGGCCACACGAACGGAACAGGACUAUCUAUCGAUGGAAAUCAUUUUAAUGUUAUUUCGAAAUUUACUGGCAAUUCCAAAUGAAGAUGCACGCUAUGUCACGUCCACGACGUCACAUUUUAGUCACCUACAGGAAGAUUUUAUCAUCAGGUUGCAUGAAGAAAAUGUCUAUGAAAUGAUCUUGCUCUUUGCUCAGGACAUCGAAUCACCAGAAAAUCGAGAAUGGAAUCUACUUGUUAUGGAGAUGCUAGAUCUUACGCUUGACUGCUCCCAGCCAAAAUCCGUCGUAGCAUAUGUGAAGAAACAAUUGACGGGUGGAAACUCCCAGCAUUCCGGUGAACAGGUAAAUUCUACAAAGACAUCGUCUUGCGGCCUCACAACGACCCGAUCUGGAGAAGAAGACUUGCUGGGAAGGCUUAAGAGCGAGAAAAACGCGGCGGUCUGUCGUCAGUCGGGAUCGCGCCGCCAUUCCAACUUCGGUGGCGUCCUAACAAUGGUCGGUCCGACUGGACGAACUACAGUAUUGUCUGACUUCUCCAAGACUGUGUAUGAUCAGGUUCCACAGGCAGCCAAGAAACCAACUUCUCAGAGAAAAGGAAAAAAGAGUAUAACUCCAGUUACCGAUAUUCAUGAAAUUUUUGGCGGAAAGGGAAGAGCGACAGAAGCUGACGAACGGACGAUGCGAGUGCUCCAAGACAUUUGCGACUCCGUUAUUAUAAAAUCUUACUUUCAGCUUAUGAAUUCAUUGAAGACCGAGUUUCGCCGAGGAAGUACUAAGUUGAUUGCUACAGAUCGACUUCAAUACUUUCAUCUCGUUUGGUUCCUCACUUCGUAUCACCGUUUAAAAGUUCAGGCGCUGAAGUCAAACUAUAAACAUCAGCUGAAAUCAGCUGAGAAGAAAAGAACUGAGCUACAAAAUGCCUUGGAUUGUACCGAACCCCUCCCUUCGAUUCCUGAGAAGCCAGACUAUAACGAAAAAGCGGUACUCGCUACUUUGGAUAUGUUUUCCUUUAACUUCGUCUUGCAGUCGAUCGAAAAUUACGCCACAAUGAAACAUUACCACGGCAUGACUGUUUCUGUCCAGCUACUGGCCGAGAUGAUGGCGUAUCUUGCUGAGCUUUCUGCGAGUAAUGAUUCCCGCUUACAGCGUAUUGCUGAUUCAUUGCAACACAAGAUUUUUUAUGAGCGUGAUUUUCUGGAUCGCCUGCCAGUGCUGUUGAAAACGUGGUCUCCGGGUCUUUUACCCAGAGCUUACGUCAUCGACGUUGUCACUUUGACUCAUCUUGUUUUCAAGGAGCUCGACUCGCAAGGAACGAUUAAAGUGCUUUCACGAAGGAAAGCAUAUCUUGACAAAAAGCGCCAGAAGAAAAAGCGAAAUGACGAGGAGUCAAAAGAUGGCGUAGACUCAGACGGCAGUUCGACAGAUGAGGAGGAAACAGAGAAACAAGCACAGCUCCUGAUGGAAAUGCAGCGUAAGGAGGCUGAUUUUGAUGUCCGAAAAUACUUUUCUAGCAUGGUUUCAGCAGACACGGUUCGGAUGUACUGCUCACUACUUGCGGACUACCGUGAGAACAGUGCAAUAGUGAACCAUUACAUCCACUCGUUCUUGUACCGGAUAAACCAUUUCAAGAUCUAUCCGCAAGAGAAAUGGACAAUGCAGCCUAUGUUGUUCAACAUGCGUCUCCUUCUGAUUUUCGACCAAAUGCUUCAAGAUACGUACAUUCAGCGUCUUCCUGAGUACAAAAACUUCCUGGACUUCAUUCGUAGCGUCGUUCGCGAUUUUUUCGCGCUUGCAGACAAUAACAAUUUGCUGUUUGUCGAAGCUCUUCUGCGCCAAACGUACCCUUCAAGAUCAUGCAUGCUCAUUCAACGAAGUUACGACCCGAUCGACUUUGUGAGCAAGUCGAAAUCUGAGGCAGUUGCACCGGGCCGAGAUAGGCAAAUUGAAGCAAUAAACGAGUCUAGACGACACCGAAUUGCCCUCGACCAUGAAGAGCUCGAGGGAGAAGCCGAGGUUCAGUUUACGUUGGGACCAUUGGAUUUUAAGUCUACCUCACUUGUGGAUAAGGACGAUAAAGAAGACGAGGGUAUGGAUGAGUCAAAAGCAGUGGAUUCGCUAUCAAGCCCAUCAAAAACUGCUUUUGUUGCAAUAUCAAAGUCGAAAAGAAUGACGUCGUCCCGUGCUGCAGCGGAGCGUGCUAAGAACUGGAGCAAGGUAGAAGAUCGGUACCUUGCAAAGGUGUUUAUGAAGUUUCGCCACUUGCCGUCUGUGUACGAGGUCAUUUCAUAUGAGGACAUGUUUCAGGAGCGUGACCGAACACCGGAGCAGAUUAAACGUCGUGUCAAGUAUCUGCAGCUUUACCGAAAGACCCAUGAUUCGUCUGAUGAGGAUGAAGUAGAUGAAAGUAAGUCGGAUGGUGCCCAGGAUGAAGUGCAGGAGGAGUAUGGCCGAACUGUGCGAGAAUCCAGAUUCGAGAAGGAUCUUGCUGCUCUCAAUACCGUUCGACCCCGACGACGUCUUCGACGAGGGGCAGAUUUAAGUGACGAUGACAGCGAUGAUGACAUGCUAUUAGGUGGUUUAACGGCGGAUCCUUUGCAGUUGAGUAGUGCUGCUACUACAAGUGAAGCAGUUGUUGGCGUUUCUGAUGCUGUUUCCGAUGAAGUGAUGAACGGCCGAAAUUUAACUGGAGAUUUGUUUAAUGAGAUCUCUUUAACUAAAGGGAAUGAUGCCCUUAAAAGCCAGCAAACUCAAGUAGUGGAAAGUUUCCAACAAUCAUGUCCUGAGCAUCACAAUGGGCAUCCACCAGAAGCACAACCGACUCAAAAGCCUCGCAGUACUCAAGCGGUUUGUAGCAACGUUGUUGCAAAGGUUGCUUCAAUUGACGAUGCAAAAGUGGGGUGUAGCGAUGAAUCAGAGUCGGUCAUUGCUGAAAUGGAAGUUGCUGCCAUUCAUGAUAAUCGAGACUUCCUGGCCGCUAAUGACACCACUGACGCGCAACCUCAUAAGCGAGCCCGCAGUGCUGAAGGCGACGACAUGCGAAUGGAUGGUACACACGCGAAGAAGGUUCAUCGUAAAGAUGUUGAGGUGGCGCUCAAUAUUAAUGCAUCUUCAAGCUAG